AUGGACAUGCAUCGCUCAAUAAGAAAGAGUGAAUCUGGCAUCAAUUCCGUCAUUUCAGGCCACCCGUACUGCGUGUCAGUUUUGAAGGAGGGCUACUGCACAGCUGAAGCAGACGGCUCGUUUAGAGCUGACGGUACCAUUUCUUUAAUUACCGGACCACAGACUAUUCUAGUAGACACUGGGGGUCCUUGGGACAGAGACUUCCUCGUCGAAAAACUCAAGGAGGAGGGUAUGACGACAGAUAGUGUUGCUAUAGUAGUUGGAACACACGGCCACUCUGACCACGUGGGAAACUUGGGAUUGUUUCCAGACGCCAAAAUAAUAGUGGGAUGUGACAUAAGCGUGGGGGAUCGAUAUCUGCCAAACCAAUUGGCUGAGGGACAGCCAUACCCUAUUGAUGAUUUUGUAUCCGUCAUUCCAACACCUGGCCACAUGGGCAGAGAUGUCAGUGUCCUGGUAAAGGGAACAUCAGAGGGUACAGUACUUGUUGCUGGAGACUUGUUUGAACGUUGCCAUGAUGAAGACUCUUGGAAGGAGCUGAGCGAGAACCCUGAGAUACAAGAGACCAACCGACAAAAGGUGUUACAGAUUGCGGAUGUAAUAAUUCCUGGACAUGGGCCAUUAUUUAGAGUCCACAAGGAAUAAUGGCAUUGAUGAAAUCCUGGACCUGAGGUUGAGUUAUAGACAGAGCAAUUACAGUGAAUUGAUUACUGCAAUUAUGAAAUAAAGAACACAUUAAUUUAUAUAAUUCAUAAUACCAUACCAUUCAUAUUUCUCAAAUGUAUUUCAGAUUAGGCUACUGGCUGUUCCUUUUUAGUUGAAAAAAAGUUAAUUUCACAAGCUCAACUGCAUGGUAUAAUAUAACCAAUGUACAAUAAUGAUGACAUAAAUUGCUGUGUAAAUGAGUUGCAGUACUCUGGGUGUGAAAUGAAUGUUGACCGUGAGUUUUAAUCUUCGUUUUUUAGUUUACUUAUAAUGACUGCUCAAGCCAUUGACCCACUUGCUUUUAAGUUAUUUUUAGGCUUUAUCUUAUUUUUAAAUCAUGUGACAAAAGAUGGUUAUGGAAGAUAACUGACGUCAGAUGUUGUGACUCGGCAGUAAAUAAGGAUCAAAGUUUUCAUUCUUAGAAUGAAUGUACUUUCCCAUAAUAAUGUAUAGAUGGAAAUUUUGUGUGUGCCAUCUUAUUUUUUUAUAUAUAGGAAAUAAAAAAUUUAACCUUU